UGCGUCGAUGGAGUAUUGUGCGUCUUUGUGGUAUUUUUAGUGUCAGUUGAUUCUUGUAUCCCUGUUGUGUAAUAUAAAUGUAUAAAGUUUGUAGUACAUUAGCGGUUUAUUAAGUCGUACGGAAUUACAGAAGAACCGAACUUCCGCUCGAUUUCGGACGCCAUUGAUGCUGCAUGGUCGCAUGUCAAAGUGAGAUCAUGAGUCCUCAGAAACGGACCAAAGAUGCUGGGAUUCUGGAAGUUCGUUUUGUUGGAGACGCGGAUGUGCUGGACCACAUCGUUGAUAAACAAGAGGGUGUAAAGGUUUCAAAGAGCUCGGCCCAGAAGCUGGUCACUCUGAAACCCAGCCGGGACGAGCAGCAGGCAGAGCUGCAGGAGGAAGAGGAUGAUGAGGUCUUCAAUGAGGAAGACUACGUCCAGGCGCUCGGCACUGGACCUGAAGAAAAUGGUUCUGCUGGAGCAGGUGGCGCGGCAGUCUUCACGUUCCAGACCGUCAAGCGCUCCAACAAGAUGGCCCAGAUGGCGUCUGAGUGGGCUCGCACCCCGGGAAAGAGUGUCACGUUCAGCACCCCUGAAUCCCCAGACAAGUGCAGCAGCCCCCCCAGAGCCAGCAAGAGGCAGGCCAGCCAAAACAAGACUCCCCAGAAGGGAAAGAAAGUGCAGUUCGUCUCCACCACUCCACACAGACUGAGAAAAAGGCUGUCAGCGCCCAGCCUGAAGUCUGACAGCGACAGCGACCUGUCUCCCUCCCACUCUGAGGAUGAGGAGGAGGAUGAAGAGGAGAAGCCUGCGAGGACUGAGACAGAGCCGAAGACUCCCAGCAAAGCAGCUGCGGCAGCCCUGUACAAGACUCCCGCCAAGAAGAGCAAGAAGGAGCCAGAGCCCAGUCUUUUGGAGGAAUACUUUGAAGCACACAGCAGCUCAAAGGUCGUGACCUCUGACAGAACCCUACAGAGACUUCAGACUCCCAGACUUGACCAGGAAACGCUGUUCAGGCUGUUGGACGGAAAGCCCUCCUGUUACUCAGAGGAGAUCAGUCGCUUAAACAAGGAGCAUGAGAAGCAUUUCAGCAGGUGGAUGUGGCAGCUACAGUUGGGGUUCAGUGUGCUGCUGUAUGGCCUGGGCUCGAAGCGGGCUCUACUGGAGCAGUUCCGCACGUCCAUGCUGUCUGACUCCGCCCACCUCGUCAUCAACGGCUUCUUUCCCAGUAUCACCCUGAAGUCGAUCCUGAACUCCAUCACAGGAGAGGUGCUGGAGCAUGAAGGAAACUUCCGAACUCCCAUGGAUCAGAUGGACUUCAUUGUGAAAACCUUGAGACAAGACCCUGAGUUCCACGUGUACCUGCUGAUCCACAAUAUCGAUGGGCCAAUGCUGCGGGCGGAGAGGACUCAGCAGACGCUGGGACAGCUGGCCUCUCUUCCCAACAUGCACCUGCUCGCCUCCAUCGACCACAUCAACGCCCCGCUAGUGUGGGACCAGUCAAAGAUGAGUCAGUUUAACUGGCUGUGGUACGAGACGACCACCUACCUACCGUACGUGGAGGAGACGUCGUACGAGAACUCGCUGCUGGUGCAGCAGUCCGGAGCGCUGGCCCUCAGCUCACUGACCCACGUGCUGCGCAGCCUCACCCCCAACGCCAGGGGGAUUUUCAGACUGCUGGCAGAGUUUCAGCUGGAAAACAAGGACAACCCCUCCUACUCAGGCCUGUCCUUCCAGGACUUUUAUCAGAGGUGUCGUGAGGCCUUCCUGGUGAACAGUGACAUCACCCUGAGGACACAGCUGACCGAGUUCAGGGACCACAAGCUAAUCCGCACCAAGAAGGGUGCUGACGGUGUGGAGUACCUGCUCAUUCCCAUCGACACGGGAACACUGACCGACUUCCUGGAGAAGGAGGAAGCAGAGUGAAGCCCGUGGGGAGAGCGAGUUCUGAACCUCAGAGACACAGGAAAUGCUGUGAAAGCCCAGGGCCCAGGAGAGCAAGUCUGCAGUCACUCAGUGUGAACAUGCUUCUGUGGGACUCCGUCACAGUGUGGGACAGCACAUCGAUCUCUUGCAUGAAAUGGCACUUUUGAUGUCUUCACAGAUGUCCAAUGCU